AUGAUUAAUAAACAGUGUUGUGGAAUUAGCAUAUAUAAAACCCUCAAAAUUUGCAAGUCUUUUGUCAUGCAGUCUAUAAAGCGAUAUGUACUUAAGCGUCUAAAUUGUGUCUUAAGUGAAAGAAUUGAGCCGAUAGAAGAAAGUGAUGUAAUUUGUGACUUUCUACGCGGUGUUAUAAUAGUAGAGCGUAUGAGGGUUAAAAGUCAGAUAAUCGAAGAGAAAUUGGGUUUAAAAGUGAGAGAAAGUGAUGGUUUGUUGGUUAAAGGAGUUGUACUGAAUAUUCCUUGGUAUAUAUCUGGUGCAGCAAGUGAAGUACGUAUUGAGUCUUUAGAGAUAAGUUUAGAUGGUUCUUGUUGUUUAUGUGCUAGAUCUAAAGUGUGUUUUGCUUGUGGGACUGGACUGAGUCGGCCUGAGGAGUUAGAGAGUGGUGGGUUUAGUAUGGGGAUAGUUAGUUGGGUAUCUCGUAAGAUAGUAGAGAUCUUAACUGAGUAUUUGAUUUUUGAAGUAGGCGAGUGUAAGUUAAGUUUGCAAUUGGCAGAUAAGCACUGGCUGGUUAUGAACGGUUUGAAAGUAUCACGAGAUGGCGAGCGAAUCAGUUUGGAGUUAGCUGAUGGACAACUGGAUAUGUUUGGAGUUAAGAUGGAACGAAUAGCUGGUGGUUUGGUCAUGGCCGAUAAGAAAGUAGUUGCUACGGGAGAUUUACAACGGAUAUUAGUAGAUAUUGAUCGAGUGGCUGGCCAAGAUGUACUUAAACUUAUCAAUUUGAUCAAAAAUCAAAACAAAAACCAAACAAAGAUAAGUGAUGGAAUAGUGCAGGAUGAAGAUAUUUAUCUAACCCAAAGUAGUCAAGAUAGACGUGAUGAUCAAAAAGAACAACAACAAGAUAGUGAACAAGUACCUAAACUGUUUACUGAUCUUGAUAUUCGUUGUGAACCGGUAGUAGUGCAAGUAAGAGGUCUAGUGGGCUGGGAGGAGUAUGCUCUGGAAGUAGAGACUUCACGUGUUUACCGGGAUUCAGAUGAAUUUAAGAUAGUAACUAACUUAGCAUUGGUUGAACAAAAAGAAUGUGCAGAUAAGGAUUGUGAUGGCAGUACUAAGUAUAUUACUAAGGCCAGACUAGACGAGUGCCAAGUAGAUUUAGGCAGUUUCAAUGGUCCGCAUAAGAAUAUUAAUCUAGCUAUUGAUCUUAUUAAGUGCCAGUUAAAAUCAGCUGAUUUGAUAAGAGUGCAACAAAGUUUCAGUACUAUUCAAGCUAAACUAGCACCUCUUUGGUCAACCGAACAUUUAUCCGAUCCGAUUAAUGAAGAUACAGACUUAUCAGUAGAUACAAAUGAUAAGAAAUUAGUAGAUACGAGUGAUAAGAAAUCAGUAGAAGAAAGAAUUGAUAUUGUAGCGGCUGUUAAUCAACUAGAUGUUGCUUUAGAGAUGCCUAAUACCACUGCCCAUCUUAACCUUUCUUUAACAGUCAUGCAUAUUGAUAAGAAGAUAAACUUUGCUACUGAUGGCCAACUUACUGUGCUUCAAAAUGAGUCGCAAGAAAGAGCUAGUCUUAAAGGUAGUAUUUCUCUAGGAUAUUUAGAUACAAUCAAAGUUAAUGAUUUAAGUCUGGCCCUCUUAGAAAGUAUUCAACCUACAGUGACUGUUCUUCAUUCAGCUGUUAUUGAUACAAAAGAUCUUAUCUCACACCUAUUCCCCAAACAAAUUGAACAAUCUAAACAAUCUAAACAAUCUAAAUCAAAACAAUCUAUUAAUUCACCUUCUACAUCAAUAUCAGCUCAAUUGGAUAAGAUCAAAUUAUCAGUACUUAUGAAUGGCCACAAUCUCCAAGUCUUAUUAGAAAGAGUGCAAAUCACUUCCCUUGGCUUCUUAAUUCCUACUCUCUCAGCUACUUACUUGGCUAAACCUUUACUCACUCUUGGCCCUCUGACUUACCAAUCUCAAGCCUCGCCAAACCUUUCCCUUGCCAAUGCUGAUAUCUAUCCACCAGAUGACGAUACUAUUAUUGCUAUCUUAUACGAAAUUGAAGCAGCUCUACAAUCUAUUAGUACCUCUUCUGAUACUAAUACUUCCCCUUCAGAUACCAACACUUCUCCAUCCCAACCCUUUACUCUAGAUGUUCUUAAUUCCAAUGUCCAUCUCUACCAUCCUUUCUGCCAAGCUCUACUCCAUAUUGAACAACUUGUACUUGAGAAUACUACCCACUCCUUAGCCAUUCAGACUCUUAAAGCCACUGCUAUCAACCACCAAGAAGCACUUCUUAUCUCUAGCCAGAACUUUGUCUUUAAUAGCCAAGAUAGAACUCUUCAGGGCCACUUCUCGGCCUCUGGUAGCUUAACUUCUGAUCUUUAUGUCUUCUCUCUUAAUCGGGCUCUUUUCCUUCUGAUUGGCUACUGCAUUCUUACUGAGCAUGAAGAUGAAAAUACGCCUGAACUAUCCACUAAAGAUCCCAUGAAGAUUGCCUUAACUGCCUCUGGUCAAAUACUUCUUAAGGAAAGGAAUACGCCCUUGCUUAGUCUUAGUGCCCAGGCUGAAUUCACUAUGACUAAAACCACUAACUAUUUCGGGCAAGUCGUACUUAAAGAGAUUGAAGCCCAAGAUAAUGAUCAGUUGAUUUGUUCUAUUCCUAAUUUGCAAGUUGAGUUUGCCCGAACUAACCCAUUAACUAUGAUUUUAUCCGUUGAUAUUCCUGUUAUUACAGCUACUACGUUUAUUGCUCCUAUUUUGGAUUUACAAGCUGCUUUCCUGGGUAAAGACCAUCGGUAUGGCAUGCCUUGGGUAAGUUCUUAUUUGGAAGUCCGAGCUAAAGCCAGUACUAUCUCACUUGCUAAUGCAGAAGGUACUGAACUCCUUCUAACCGAUCUAGCUACUGUUAACAACUACCAUCGCUUAAAUCUCCAACUAAAUAUAGAUAAGGAACUAAUUACACCCCAGCCAGCUACUAUCACUAUUCGAUCUUCGGCCUAUGAUAAAAGUGAACUCACUAUCUCUCUUUCACCACUCGAACUAUCCCUCCAAACUGAACUCCAAUGCGAAAACCUACAACUCUUCCUAACCCAACUUCAUAAGGAGAAAAAGAGUCAGAAGUAUCCCCAACCACCCAAUGGUCUGCUUAAGAUUGAAUGUACAUCCGUGCAACUCAGUAUUCCUAAACCGCAACUUAAACUCGAACUCCAGCAGAUUGCCUUGGUGGUUGAUGAGAACAUUGAGUUCUUUGCCCUCGCCCGGGCCUACGGACUGAACCAGGAGACUUUAACCUAUGAAGUCUUAGUUGAGCAAUUCCCUAUUGAUCUGAACUUCCAGCCAAAUAUGCCCGUUUAUAAAGAUAAGACUGGAUUUGUUAGUUUGCCUUUUUCCGAUGCAGAUGAUGAUUCCUUACUUGUAUCUUUUGCGGCUAUUGCUGUUAAGGAAGUACUACGUUUACGUCUCAGUGCUAAAAUGAUCGAUGCACUUAAACUUUCCAAUCGUACUAUCAAACUGACCAAUUUAACCAACAAAACUCUUUAUAUCAACGAUUUAGAGCUUGUUUCUUUCUCAUCAACUACUAUCAAAGAUCAUACUCCUAUCUAUACAAAAAGCGGCCAACUUCUUUUCUCUAAGUAUCCACCUAAUACUACCCAGGCCAUUACUAAGCAAGGUAAGACUUUCCUGGCCACUAUCAAAGACGACUCAGCUGUUAUCCGGGGGGCCAGUAAUUUCAAAAAUAUCACCGAUUCUACUAUCUUGAUCCGAACGCAAAAAGACCAAAUGUUACUGAUGGCCUUUUCCGAGUGCAGUUAUAUCCAUGCCACUACUAAGUUUUCCAUUGAAAUUGAUAAGAGUAUCGAAGAGAAAACUUUCCAAAUUGAGUUUGAUCUUACUCAUACCCAAGAAACAAGUCAUCCUGAGAUUCAAGUUGUCGGCAAACAAAAAAUCGCACAUAUUCAAUCUUAUCUCAGUGUUAUUUGUUUAUUAGAAAAUGUCUCAGGCCAAAUGGUCUUGCACUAUCUUUUCUUCCAUGAGUUUAUUAUCACCAAUCUCACCAAUACCCCAGUUACUUUUGAAAUCAAAAUCAAUACGAAUAGUCAAAUUGAAAGAAUUACUGGUGUAGCUAAUCCUGGUGAUAAUAAGCAAAUGUCCGGUAUGUACCCUGCUGAUUCUCGUAAGGCCCGUUUACGUCUUAAUAAUAACACUGACAUUAACUUCCAUAAAGAUGAGUCACAAAAUCGCACUUCACUUACCAAAGGUAUUUAUGCCCUUAAAGAGAGAAAGAUUAUUCCCAUUCAAGGUCAUCUCAUUGAUAUCGGUAUUUUCCAAGCCAUUAUCUACCCCCAACUUAUUGCCAUCAACAAAACCGCCGAUGACCUUGCUAUUGCUUCCGGCAGUCGUAUCGUUCGUCUCCAACCCGAUACUCAAACUGAAAUCUACACUUCCAAAGACCGACACACUCUUAUCUACCACAAAAAAGAGAGUAGUGCCUUCAGCUCUAAAAUCCACUCCAAUACUAUCUUCCUCAGUAUUCGGGCUGAUUACAACUACAACUACCUCGUGAAUAUCCAUAAGGGAGAAGGAGGUAAAGAAAUGAUCAGGUACAUUGUAGUAGAGUACGCUAAUGUCAUUGAGAAUACGACCGGAAUCGACCUAACUAUCAUCACUGAUCGCGAGUUCUUCUGUGGCCACCAAACACUAGUGCCUAUUCAUUUUGCUAAGAAGAAGACUAAUGCCUGGAUUCGUCUUGGUACACCCCAAUCUCCACCUUCAUCUUUCAAAGAAGAUACUAGUUCCUGCAACUCUGAUUACAUCAUUGAACUCGAAGAUUCCACCACUGCUUCUUAUCUCCCUCUUGAUGGUCUCAAAAAACACCUCGUUAAACUGACCAAAGAUAAUAUUCCUAUUCUCCUAUCUAUCAAUGUGCACGUACGCAAUACCCAAAGAGUUAUCUCUAUUUCCAAAGAGACUAAAUGGCCCUAUCUCAUUCGUAACUUAACCGACUUCCCCAUGACUUUCUGCCAAAAAGGCCACCAUAAGACUUACCUUCUCCAAGCCGGCGACGAACUUCCCUACUACUGGGAUAGUUUUAAAGCUCUCCCGGCCUUUGACAUUCUCGUGGAUAAUACGUCUCUUCUAGUGGAAAACUUCACUGCCGUCUUAGCCGGUAAUUAUAAGGCCUUACUCAUUAGUGAGGGUGGAACGCGUAUCUUACAAGUAACUCAACUUACUCAGGACUCUCUUUCCGAAGCACCACCUACUAAUCAGGGUACUUUAAUCCAACUCCAACUCACUCGUAUUUCAGCUAGUUUACUUGAUAGACAUGAAUCUGAAUUCAGUUGUUUCCAUUUAUUUGAUAUUUCCCUUAAUCUGAUGAUCUCCCAAAAUGGCGUUGAAUUCCUAGCUAAAGUCGGCACCUUACAAAUGGACAACCAAGAAAAUCGAGCUAUCUACCCCGUACCCAUUCAUAUGCCCAGUCAGUCCGAUUCAGUCCUCCUGUCCGGUUGGCUAGUUAAUCCCAGUACGUGCCGCUAUCUUAGUCUUAUGAUCCUACCCAUUGCCAUUGAAGUGGAUGAAACGUACAUGAAGAAGGUUAUGGCCCAUUUCGUGCCGGUUGCUGAAGAGAUUGAAAACCCCAAGUACUUUAUUAGGUGCAGUCUUUGUGAGUCGCUUAAGUGUAAGUGCACUUAUGCCCCUCAGAUUCCUAAACAGUCCCAGUACAUCUCUUUAGGGUACGUCCGAGUUGAACCUAUUCGUAUCAAGUUCUCUUUCCGUCGAGCACCUCAGAAAUCAAUUGUUCCUCUUUCUUCAGUCUUCUGCAACCUUAAUAACAGCAAGAUUUCCCUGCCAGCUAUUCAACUGAAUGACGUACAUGCUAAGUACUCGGAAGUUCUGCAAAUUGUCGGUAAGACUUAUAAACGCGGGAUUAUCAAAAACAUUGUUUCUCUGGCUCUUUCCGUUGAUAUUGUAGGCAGUCCUGGGGAAUUGAUUGAUAAAUUAGGAGUUGGUGUUCAUGAUCUUAUCUCGGCUCCUUAUCGGGCCCUGGAUAAUCCAGCUCUACUUUCUAAACGACUACUUAGUGGGGGUAAAAGUCUAGCUAAGAAUGUUGUUUCGGGUGUCGCAGAUUUAGUAGGUAAUAUUACUGGUGGUAUUUCCCAAAAACUAGCCUCUAUCUCUAUGGAUGAAAACUUCAUUGAAAUGUCGAAUGAAACCAGUUGCAUUUACAUUGAUGAUGUAGAAAUGGGUUUACCCGUAUCUAAAACUCAUCUGUCUAAGGCCCGAGAAAAGUUCAUGGGUUCAGUAAUUAGUGGGUUUAGAGGUGUACUGCACAGUCCGAUUGAAGGCAGUAAAUCAAGUGGACUGAGUGGGAUGGUUCAAGGUCUAGGCAAAGGUAUUGUUGGGGCCGUACUUAAACCUAUUUCUGGAGCUAUGGGUUUAGCUCAAGGAGUUACUACUACUAUCUCGGGGGCCCUACAAGAAAGUAAGCCUUUACUGCGUAUUCAACUGCCACGAGCUCCUUUACUGGGCCAACAACCAACUGAGUACGAAACUUGCCGGAAUAUCUACUACCGGGCUUAUACUUGUUUAAUUACUGGCGAUCUUAAGAAAGCAGAGACUUACAUUACUGGUGGUACUUGUCUUAACAACUAUCAAGGCUGGGAAGCUAUUAUUACUACCAAGCGCGUAAUCUUUUAUAACAAAUCGGAAUUCUUUGAAAUGCCUGGAGAACCUACAGUUCAGGCCGCUGAUAAAAAUACGCUCUUAACCAUUAAUCGAGUUUCGGUCGAGUUGGAAGGAUCAAGAAUCCUGAAAGACUUCAGUCGAAUGCAACAAUAA